AUGACGUUGGCCAGCAAAAGAUCUGCCUUUAGAAACCUGUGUAAGGAAUCAUUUAGAACCUUAUAUACGACACGUCAGACCAAUUGUGGAGUAUGCAGCUCCAACGUGGAAUUGCAUAAGCCACAUAUGAAGUCCGCGUGCCACACUGGCUCCUGGCCCACAACCCAAACACUAAACCCGCCCACUUUUGGCCCUGCCGCCCCGGACCGCGCCGCCGCCCCCGGGAGCGCCCCGGACCGUGCCGCCGCCCCGGGAGCGCCCCGGACCGUGCCGCCGCCCCCGGGAGCGCACCGGACCGUGCCGCCGCCCCCGGGAGCGCCCCGGACCGUGCCGCCGCCCCCGGGAGCGCCCCGGACCGGGCCGCCGCCCCCGGGAGCGCCCCGGACCGGGCCGCCGCCCCCGGGAGCGCCCCGGACCGGGCCGCCGCCCCGGGAGCGCCCCGGACCGGGCCGCCGCCCCCGGGAGCGCCCCGGACCGCGCCGCCGCCCCGGGAGCGCCCCGGACCGGGCCGCCGCCCCCGGGAGCGCCCCGGACCGGGCCGCCGCCCCCGGGAGCGCCCCGGACCGUGCCGCCGCCCCCGGGAGCGCCCCGGACCGUGCCGCCGCCCCCGGGAGCGCCCCGGACCGUGCCGCCGCCCCCGGGAGCGCACCGGACCGGGCCGCCGCCCCCGGGAGCGUCCCGGACCGGGCCGCCGCCCCCGGGAGCGCCCCGGACCGGGCCGCCGCCCCGGGAGCGCACCGGACCGUGCCGCCGCCCCCGGGAGCGCCCCGGACCGUGCCGCCGCCCCCGGGAGCGCCCCGGACCGGGCCGCCGCCCCCGGGAGCGCCCCGGACCGGGCCGCCGCCCCCGGGAGCGCACCGGACCGGGCCGCCGCCCCCGGGAGCGCACCGGACCGGGCCGCCGCCCCCGGGAGCGCACCGGACCGGGCCGCCGCCCCCGGGAGCGCCCCGGACCGUGCCGCCGCCCCCGGGAGCGCCCCGGACCGUGCCGCCGCCCCGGGAGCGCCCCGGACCGUGCCGCCGCCCCGGGAGCGCCCCGGACCGUGCCGCCGCCCCCGGGAGCGCCCCGGACCGUGCCGCCGCCCCCGGGAGCGCACCGGACCGUGCCGCUGCCCCAGGGAGCGCCCCGGACCGUGCCGCCGCCCCGGGAGCGCCCCGGACCGUGCCGCCGCCCCCGGGAGCGCACCGGACCGUGCCGCUGCCCCAGGGAGCGCCCCGGACCGUGCCGCCCGUUCUCCUGGGGAUGCGUACCCAGUUCUCCUAA